AUGUCUCUAGCUAAAUUGGCAAACACUUGUGCUCAUCUUCAAAAUUGUUCAAGAGUCCGAUUAUCUCUUACUUCUAUCCCAUAUACUAGAUUACAAUUACAAUUUGCAUACAACUUAUAUAAACAUGGAUUCCUAUCAUCAUUACAACGAGGAUCUACUAAAUGUCCUGAUAUUGAACCAACUGAGACUACGCCAGAUAAUAUUUCUACAAGAAGAUUAUGGUUGGGUUUGAAAUAUAGAGAAAAUAAACCAGUUUUAACAUCAUGUAAACUUAUAUCAAAACCAAGUUUAAGAAUAUCCUUAAACGUAAGUGAAAUGAAACAAUUAUGUUCUGGUUUCCCAAUUAGAAAAAUAGAUCCUCCUCAAGCAGGUGAAUUAGUCUUGAUCAAUUCUCCUACAGUUGGGUUAAUAGAUAUUAAUGAAGCUAUUGCAAAAGGUUUACCAGGUGAAAUUGUAUGUAGAAUUAAUUAA